ACUUUAUUAGUAUGAUAGAAUAUUGUGAAUGUGUUUUCUCAUUUUUUUUUUUUCAUUGUUGAAGUUCCUCUUAAGCCAUUUACUUCAACUCCUCUCUCAGUCCCAUCUUUUACUAUUUCACACAGCUUAAUCUUAGCUGCUUUUGCAGAAUUUUAAAGAUCUUGACAGCUUGAAGGGAAAAACUGGUUUGGUUUGACUAGUGAAAGCUACAUACAUGGAAAGUGGAAAAGAAAAUGAAGGAGAAAGAAAGGAAGCGGAAGCAAACAGUUCAUCAGUAUCAUCUGAUGUGCUUCGCGAGGACAUUGUCAAUCUUCAAGAUUUCAUAGAGAUAUCAAAGAAUGAAGAAGAUCAAACUGUUCUUGACACAGAUCAAAUUGAAAAGCUGAAAUUGGAGCUGACAGUUUUGUCGGCAAGUUUACAGCUUUGUUAUUACAUUUCAGAUGGUUCUAAUACUGGAAUGUCUUGCAUAUCAUAUGAGGUUCAUGAUCUAGUUCAGUCACUUUUUCAUCAGAAUGGAAAUGACAUUUUGGUUAAAUUAAAGGAUCAUGUUGUUCCUCGCCUUCUUGAAAAUAUCAAAAGUUCUAAAAUCUCAGAUCAUUAUUCUAAAUCAAGUCCCACCAUGACUGUGGACCAGUUGGUUGAACUCUUGGACGCACUUCUUGUGAAUCUCCAGUAUCUACCCAAGGUUCGUGCUGAGUUGCUUUUGCCAUCAAGGACCCAAUAUGAGCUUCUUCAGAAUGUUUUUGGCAAUUUAAGAGAUUUUCAUGAUCUCAUAGUAAACGGUUGCAUUGAGCGUAAGACAAUUGAAUGUGUCUUACCUCAGUUUCAACUUAUGACUGACAGAGUAGGACACUUCUGUUUUGUGCUUUUGUCUUACCAACUUGAUAAAACAGAUGAAAAAGAUGAAGAAGAUGAAGUAUAUUCCAUGCUAGUCCAUCUACUUUUGAAGAUAAUUCCGGUCUCAUUGGAGGUUAUGCACAUAUGUUCUACAAAUUUGAAAGCUUCAAAGUCAGCUGAAGUUGGACGCUUCAUUAAGCAGCUCCUAAAAUCCUCUCCAGACAUUAUUAGAGAAUAUCUGAUUCAUCUACAACAGCACAUGGUUAAUGCUGUUACUCCUAGCACCACAGCUCGAAAUAUUCAUGUCAUGAUAGAGUUCCUAUUGAUUAUUCUUACUGAUGUGUCCAAGGACGUUAUUCGUCAUGACAAAUUGUUAGUUCUCUUGGAACGUGUUAGAGCACUUUCCAGGGAGGUAUUCAUUCUUGUUCGCAACUUAGAAGAGAACUCAAGGAAUGAAGAGAAUAUGAAGGAAACAAGCGGUGCAAGUCUAAACUUGCUGAAAGAUAUUGACGUCCUGAAGGAAGAUCUCAAGAAUGUUUUCUUGGAAUCCCCAGCAGACACAUCACAGCUCUGCUUCCCCAUGAGUGAUGGACUGCUCUACAUGACACUUCUACUCAGAAACUUAAAUGACUUGCUCAAUUCCAAUGCUUAUUCAGUUGCUUUGAUAAAAGAAGAAAUCGGUUGGGUGAAAGAAGACUUAGAACACAUAAGAUCGUUCUUCAGGAAUGUGGAGCAAGAAUUGCAUAGAGAUCUUUGGACUCGUGUUCUAGAUGUGGCAUAUGAGGCGGAACAUGCCAUUAACUCAAUUCUUGCCAGAGAUCAUGGUCUCCUGCAGAUUAUCUUCUUACUUCCUGAUACCAUAGAAAAGAUCAAGCUUGUCAAAAAAGAGGUACAAGAGAAGAUCUCCAAAAAAACAAGUGUCAUUUUUACAAACUCUCCCAACAAGCCAGUCGAAAACAAGUUAUCAAUAGCUAGUAAAAUAAUUGUAGGUUUUGAGGAGGAGAAAGAGUGGAUAAUUAGGAAGCUCACCAGCGGACCAUCUGAAGUAGAUGUCAUUUCCAUAGUUGGCAUGCCAGGGCUUGGAAAAACUACUUUGGCUUACAGAGUAUACAAUGAUAAGUCUGUUGUUGGUCAUUUUGACGUUCGUGCUUGGUGUACAGUCGACCAGGAACGUAACGAGAAAAAGUUGUUGCAAAGAAUUUUCAAUCAAGUUAUUGGUUUGAAAGGAAGUUUCAAUGAGGACGGCAUAGACAAUGACGUUGCUGAUAAGCUACGGAAACAUCUGAUUGGAAAGAGGUACCUUAUUGUCUUGGAUGACUUGUGGGAUACUGCAACAUGGGAUGAGUUAACAAGACCGUUUCCAUCUGAAUUUCAGAAAGGAAGCAGAGUUAUUUUAACAAGUAGAAAAAAGGAAGUGGCUGUGCAUGGAAAAUGCCACAGUGAUCCUCUUGAUCUUCGAUUGCUAAGACUAGAAGAAAGUUGGGAGUUGUUAGAGAAAAGGGUUUUCGGAGAAGAACAUUGCCCUGAUGAACUAAAGGAUGUUGGAGAAAAAAUAGCCCGAAAGUGUGAUGGGCUUCCUUUGGUACUUGAUUUGAUCGGCGGAGUCAUUUCAAGGAAGGAAAACAAAGAGGCUUUGUGACUUGAAGUUCUCAAUAAUUUGAGUUCCUUUAUUUUUAACGAUGAAGAGGAAGUGAUGAAGGUUAUACAAUUAAGUUAUGACCAUUUGUCAGAUGACCUAAAGCCGUGCUUUCUGUACCUUUCAAGUUUUCCAAAGGACAUAGAUAUUGUUAUCUCUUUGUUGAAAGAAUUAUGGAGUGAUGAAGGACUUGUGGAACCAACUGAUUUGAAGAGUGUGGAAGAAGUAAUGGAGGUUUAUGUGGAUGAGUUAAUUUCUAGUAGCUUGGUGAUAGUGAGAGGUCGUAGGCACUGGAGUUGCCAAAUUCAUGAUCUUGUGCAUGAUUUUUGUUCGAUAAAAGCUAGAAUGGAAAAGUUGUUUGACUUGACGAGUUCAAUUUUUCUGCCUUCCUCCUCUUCUUCACAUCUGAUGCUGCAUAGAAGGACCAUUAUUUAUGAUGAAUGGCUUCAUUCGAGUGAUACUUCUUCCUUGUUCAUUCCAGAAAAGAGAAAUAUUUCUAUUAAACACCUCCUCUCUUUGAAACUGAAAUAUAUGCUGUGUGACCUGAGUUUUGUUCCCACCAAAGUUCUUCCCCACAGCUGUCACCUAAGAGACCUGAGGCUUCUUAAAAUGUUGGAGGUGUGUGAUAUAAUGUUGACAGAUACUGUGCUGAAUGAAAUAGGCAUGCUUGUUCAUUUGAGGUGCUUAAGGAUUCCGAUGAAGGCAAAAGCUCUCCCUCCAUCAUUUUCAAACCUCUGCAAUCUAGAAACUCUGGAGGUGACUAAUUUUAUGCCAGACUUGGUAUUAUCCCCUACUAUCUGGAGUCUUGCAAAGCUACGACAUAUGGAGAUCAAUAGUACUUGUUCUGUCUUUAAUUCGGAUAUUGACAAACCAACAAAGUUAGAGAAUCUAACAACAUUAAAGCGUCUCAAGAUUUCCUGUUUGGUAGACUCAGAGAAUAUUUUCAAACGGUUUCCCAAUCUUCGAACCCUUGGAUUCCAACUGGAUUGUUCAGUAGCAGAGCAAAUUUAUUUUCCAAGGUUGGAUGUCCUUAAUAAACUUGAAAGGGUGUGUGCAAGUUUUGAGUGCUGUAGGGAUACACAUGUACAUCAGUUUGAUUUUCACUUCCCUUGGAGCUUGAAAGAUGUGAUUUUGGAGGGCUUCAAUCUGACAUCAGAUGCACUGUCAGGAAUUGGGAGAUCACUACCCAACCUUCAAAAGCUGGAACUAGUAGGCACAAGCAUCCAGGGUGGAAAAGAAUGGAACAUGGAACAAGUCACCUUCCACAAUCUCAAAUCUCUAAAAUUGUUUGAUGUGUCUUUUUCUGAAUGGCAGGUUACCGCAGAUGAAUCCUUUCCCAUUCUCAAGGAAUUAGAAAUACAAUUUUGUAUUAAGCUUAUAGAGAUCCCACAGAGUUUUGGAGAUAUUGCUUCAUUAAAAUCCAUCGUAGUAUGGGAAAGCCCUCAGCUUGACGAGUCGGUAAUCAAGAUUAAGGAAUAUGUCGAAGAAAUGACGGGAGAAGACAAGCUUGAGGUAGAAAUUUUUUAAGAAAAUUUCUGGUGAUACUUGUAUUAAUAUAACAGAAACUUUUACAUCCGUAUAAAUUUGUCGUACUCUUUUUUAAUUUGUUCCUCAAAUAUGUAUUAUAUGGGUAUCCUAAUUGGUUUCCA